GCCGUCAAUGGUUCAGUUCAGAUGUCAUUCUGAAGGCCCAUUGAUUUUUUUAAAGUUCUCUGGCUGAUCUGCACCCGACCCGUGAGUUCCAUGCCACCUGACCGGUUGAGUGUCGAGGCAUCCACGGAAGCGGAAGCGUGCAGCUCAGAGGAAAGCAGCUUCAGGCACCGCAAAAGCGCCAAGACGAAGGCAAGCGUCACUUCGCCUGAACCGAGCGGAAGCGAGUGGGCAUGGUAUCGAGGCAAGUCUGCCUUAGCCAUUUGCACACUUUGCGCCUUUGCGCCGCUUUUGGGGCUAAUGGCAGCCGUGGCCUGGCUCCGGGAUCAGAUCUUCCAGGACAGUUUCCAGACGAAGCAGGCUUCCAAGAAAUUGCGGAUCCUUGUGACUGGUGGCAAAAUAUCAAAGGCUUCGGCGGUGGCUCGAGCGGUGGGCCGCGCAGGGCACACAGUUUUCACUGCAGAGGUCUUGCCGUACAGGUAUUGCCAUACGCGCUUCUGCAGAUAUGUUUCCAAGCACUACACCCUUCCAAGGCCAACGGUGCAACCCAAGGAGUGGCUGGAGACCAUUCAGGCCAUUGUCGCAGAGCAACAAAUCGACCUCAUCAUACCCUGCACUGCACCGGUGGAAAGUUCUGCCUACUCCCACCUCUGGAAGAGCCUUCCAGCCAAUGUCCGAGUCUUUGCUUUGGACGGUACCACCUGCGAUAAGCUUGACAACAAAUACAUAUUCAACCAGGUGCUGGCGAAGGCGAGCUUGCCCUGCCCAGAAACGGCGCAGAUGACCUGCCUGGCGGACGCUGUGCAAUUCUUCAAAGACCGGGAGACUAAGCCAGACGGUAAGAAGUUCAUUGUGAAGCCUGCAGUUUACGACCCCAAAGCUCGCUCGGAGAUCCUGUUCCUGCCCAUCCAGGAACAAAGUUUUGUUGGGUCAAGACGCGGAGGGAAGGGAUUGUGUGAAUUAAUUUCUUAA